AUGCGACCAGUGCCAGACAUGAUCGGCCAAUUCUUCAGCAGCCGCAAAGGCACGCCCGCGAGCGCGUCACAUGCCCCGCCCUCGCCCACGGUGCUGGACUCUGCCACGGAAGAGAGCCACACGCGACACCUGCUCUAUCCCGAGUCCAACACGCUGCACCACCCCGAGGGCCCGUAUCAUCCGCUGCACGCCGCGCCACUGACACCGGGCAGCGGCCACGACGGGCCCCUUCCUGAGAUUGACCUCGAGUACCCCAGAGACUGCCGCAUCAUCAUCGCCCAGGACGAGACGGGCUCCACGCCCAAGACGAUCCUGUUCGACUCGAAGCCUGCCCCCACACGUCCCGACUCGCCCCCGCUGUCCGCGACGCGCUCGCGAGCAUUUGGGCCCGGCGUUACAGCUGCCACCGCAAGCACGGCUGGCCCCACGUUCGGCGGCGUGCAUGCUCGGAGGGCGUCGCUCGUCACUGAGCCUACAGUGCCCAGGUCGCCCACGCUGGCUGGCUUCACUCGCAUCCGGACGCGCGGCGGCUCCGUGUCGUCCAUGCCCAACAUCGACGAGCAUGCCCAGGUUGUCCAGGCCCGCGCACAGGCACGCGCGAAGGAGUCGACGGAUCUGGCCAACACCUGCCUCGACUGCAUGUUUGGGAACCUGGCCAUGAACUACCGGGGCAACUCGAACAAGAUCCACAUUGUGCCGCUCGACACCAAGCCCGCAGAGGCGUCCGCGACGACGACAGGCAUGCAGGAUGCCAUAGGCUCUCUGGGACGCGCCGAGGGCUUCCGGAGGAGGAGCAACCUGGCCAAGUCGUUCACGCCGGGCAACCCUCCCGCCGACCUCCCGCGGAGCGACUCGAAUGAGAGUGUGCCCAAGGAAUCGAAACGCCGCACCAUCUUCAUUACCCGCAUGUUCUCAGUCACAGUGCCCGAAGAGCAAGAGGACGCCCGCACGCCGACGCCACAGAACUCCCUGCCGAAGGGCAAUGGCUUUCCCUUUCCGUCGACCUCGAACAAGCCCGUCGAAGUCCCAUAUCGACGUGCCGGCUGGGCCUUUGUGGAGCCCAACUUCGGCGUCGAAUCGCUACUCUCCUCCUCUCUAAGUAGUGAUGUGGACGACCGGGUGGAUGUUGUUGGACAGCAUUGGGAUGUCAUUAUGCGUGCGCUUACCAGCUUACAACACGUGGUGCAAGAGCGGAUACUCGCUGGCUUCAAAGCGCCAGACGCGGUGUCUCUGCCGAUACCCCACCAGCAUCGACAUCAGCCCUCGCGAAGCAGCCUGAGAGAUGUUGCAACGAACACCUUACGGAGGCCACUGCGACUACAGCCGAACGCUCUGAUGAUGGACAAAGAGAUACAGACUGCAGCCGAGCUCACUGGCAACCGUGUCGUUACCGGCAUGCGCAUCCCCCGUGUCAUGACUGGUCAAGGGAAAUGGGGCAUUUGGAGAGAAGAAGCGAGGUGGCUUGGUCGCUGGGCUGGACGGAAGGAGCAGAACUUUUUCUUCUUCAACCUGCUGACAGCCUUCUUGGGAAACCACACCGAGUGGCUCAACAUACUGGGUCCAAAAUGGCACCGCAAACGUCACCGUGAACAGCAAAAAGCAACUGCAGGAGAGAACUUGACCAUCCCAAACCGCACAGUCAUCGUGUCCUCCGACAAGAUGGCCGCUCGUAGGCUGAUUUUCCUGCUCGCGGCAUUUCUGCCACCCAACACACCCGCUAUCAGCGAAAGCUCAGCUUUCAUGCGCCCGAGUACUUCAGCAUCCUUCCGUGCUUAUUCACAGUCUCCACCAAGUAACAUGCCGCCGUCAAGGAAACAAUCUCUGCGCCGCCAGAUCAAUCGUCGCCCGCGUGACAAGCAGAGCAUGACCAACAUUCAUUUGCAGCCUCCCCAUGCGAACAAUGGCCAGCAAACUCCGACUCAAGCCCCGGACGAGCGACGUGAAUUAUCUGCACCUGACAUGCAUGAGAUGAAGAGACCGCCUGGUCAUUCUCGUAGCUCAUCGACUCACUCUAUUCGUGCAAGCCUGGUGAUGCCAUCGCUUUCGGAUGCGCCAGCCAACGGCAAAAGUAGCAUCGCGCCUACAGCAACUGCCAUGUCUCAGACUACUGUCCCCAUGGCCCACUUCACGCUACCGAGAACCAAGUCCUUCGGCCCACACACUGACCACAGGCCCGAAAGUAGUGACAGUCUGGCUUCGGCGAACUUGAUCAACACGCUGCAAAGGAGUGGUACCGGGCAAACCAGCAUUGCAAGUGGCGACUCUAGUAACACGAGCCGUUGGAGCGGCUUCAUGAACUUCUGGGGCGGACGUCGCUCAUCCUCUACAGAUAUGAGUGACUAUCUGCAGACCACCGAUGACGGUAUAGGCUACAGAGGACAAGAGCGGCCGACGUCACAGCUCGAGCAGAUGGUCCAAGAACUUUCCAUGGAUGGAAUGUUUGGCGACGGCGAUGCGCAAGAGCGACGAAUAGGGGAUGCUCGUCCUGGUACUGCAGCCGACCGCUCACCCGAAACAUACCCGAUCAGUGGCUCCAGCGGUAUCGCCCCAUCAGCUGCGCGUCCAAUACCAGAGCGGCCUCGGACUUUCGAUUCCCCACUCAAGCUCUCUGUGAACGAAAAAGAUGGUGUUAUCGAGGUCGAUAUCCCACUCCCUGACUUCGAUUCCCCAUUGCAAUCGCCUCUGCUCAAUGCCUAUGGCUCAGCGUCCAGUCAGCAUGGUUCGAGCUUUGGCGAGACGUCAGUAUUGUCGCUGCCGUACUGCGAGCCUGAACAGCCAGUCAACGCCGCGGGUUGGCUGAGUCAGUUUCACCCAGACUUUGCCAUUCAGGCUAUCAAACCUUACAACGAUUUGACGCGCGACAUCCGACGAGCAAUGAGUGCGGAACCAACGCCGCUCAGCAUGGCUGUGACUCCCAGCCUUGAAACAGGCCCCCUAGAGCGCUGGAUCGAUGUGUGCUCGGCGUUGAUCGCAGACACGCGUACCUUCAGUAUUAAGCGUCUUCGCCUGCGAAGACUAGUUAAGCUGAUCCCGACUCCCACACAUCAACCAACCGCAAUGACACCAGGCGUGCCUGGUAUGCCUCCGGGUCGCUCUCAAUACGGUAAUCCAUACACGGCUGGUUCGACCGUGCCCAUGAUGACCGAGGUCCACCUCGAAGAAGACUUCAUUGUGGAGACAAUCAUGGACUUUGACGCGACACUCAUAGACGGCGUCGACCGUGCCCUGGCACAGUCAGGAGAGGUUACACGAAACAACUCCGCACAGUCAUCCAGAUCCAGUUCGCGGCGUGGUCGACAUGACAUACGCGUCGAGUCGAAUGUAACUCCGCACGUUGAAGUGCCACAGACAGACUGCAAAGGCGUCAUCUUCGAUGCGUUGGAGACGGUCGUCAAAGACGUCACUGCGGCGCGAAGUGGCAAGGACGAGGCCAAGUCGGAUCCUGACGCAUCGAAGACUGAUAGGCGAGGUUAUCCUAGGACUUCCACAGAUUCGUCGCUCAAGGAGGGUAUUAGACGGUGGCUGGUGGAGGUGGAGCAACAAUGA